AUGCAACACGAAAAUGCAGGCGCGACUGCGCCGCCUGAUUCUGCCAACCCGACCGACUAUGGCUUGCAGCGGAUGCUCGAUUUGCCGACAGAGCUACGCUGCUGCAUACUAGAGCUCCUCAUCAAGGACGAGUUCUUCGAAGCCUACUACACACUCCUCGAGCAUCCGGAGAUGGGCGAUUUGCCAGCUUCAGCAUAUCCUAACAACUACGGCCUUACUUUCGACGCAUACAAACCGCCCGCGCUCAAGCGAGCAGCUAGCUGA